AAGCCCGGACCAAACCUAAACGUUCUUAACCUUCGACGACGACUUGUGAGCCUAAGAGCUUACGUCGCGAAUUGUACCCAACGAUAGUACCGGAAGGGGAGUAAUGGAUCCGUGAGCCAGUGACAUGCGCACAUCUCGAGCACUUCACUUUACCCCUCGCCAACGGCGAGCAUUCAUCUCAUAUCUUUUCGGCCUCACUGCAUUUGCGUCCGUGCUUACGGUCUCCGCCUCUGAUAUCUUGCCAUGUCCUGCACAUCCAACCCGAGGCCGUUUCGCUGAUGGAGAAAUGGACAAGAGGAUGAAAGGAGGUCAACAAAUGGUUGUGGAAAAGAGGCCAAGAAAAUGGAUUGAGGAGAAGAAACCAAUUCUACCACAUUCAUAAUGGACCUAUCUACCCUUCUCAAAGAAACCGUCUAAUUCAAUCUUACAUCUGAGGAUUGACAUAUCUGAUCACAGCAUCAACCUCCGACCUGGAGUGUCAUCGCAAAG